CACUGACUGUCUCGGGCAGCGCAACCACAGCGAGCACGGCCACAGCCGCCACCGAGGAUUGGCAGCCAUUCAAGCGUCCCUCUGCACCCUCCUCGAAUCUGGCAAUGGAAGAUGAAGAGGGGGAGGUAUUCAACAACACAUACUUGACGGAUCUAAAGCUAGGUCGAGUGCCAGAUAUAACGGCCGAGGAGCUAAAGUAUUGAAACUCGCUGAAACCGCCGCAUCUGAGGAGCACCUAUGCGGAACAACACGGUGAAGAUUUUGGUGCCUGCUGGCAUUAUGCUCUCCUACUUCACCUUGGUCGUGGUCCUAGCCAAAAGGGAUAAGCACAAACGUGGCAUGUUUGAAAAGCACAUCUCGAGGAGGUGGCCAUGAAGAACAAGAGCGAGCUGGAGGAAAAACAUUCGCGUUUAAAGCACUCGCACGGCCAUGGACACGGACACACGCCCACGGAUGUGGAUCAGCAGAGCUGCAGCGGCAGUGGUAGCGCCACGAGCAGUCUGCACUACGUUAACGAGCUGCUGCCGAACGGGGAGCAUCGCAAGAAACAGCGCCGCCAUAGGCAGCGUCACGCCGAUGCGCACGGGGAGCGGCCAGGACGUGCGCCGCGUGCGUCUGGUGCCACUACAGAGGCGACUGUGCAUCGCAGCGGUGGGGCCAAGAGGCCAAGCAUUAGGCAGAAACUCUUCGGCCAAAGCAUAGCCCAUGUGAAGCUGGUGGAGACGCAAAGCGACAGCAUGGACUCGACGGGCGGUACUGGGGGUUCUGGUGUUCCAAGCGAGAAGCGCAAACGGCUGCAGCGCAUGGACACCCUGCCCAUGCCCCAGGUGGUGCGCAUGAGUUCGGCGCCAUAGGGUAGAGUAGAGAAAGGGAAUGGGAAUAGAAUGGGUAAUGGCCUUGCUAUUGUAUCGAGUAAAUAAAUGUAUUAUAAAAAAUAUAAA